GGAUCUAUUGAGUCGUGUGUUGUAUAUUCCCUGGAAGUAGGAUCUAUUGAGUCGUGUGUUGUAUAUUCCCUGGAAGUAGGAUCUAUUGAAUCGUGUGUUGUAUAUUUAUCGGGAGUAGAACGAUAAAAGGAACGAUAUUGUUCAUUUAUUCAAACAGCAAACAUUCACACUGACAUGUUCUUUAAAUCUUUCUUCGUAUUUAAAAAAAAUUGAUAUUUCUUACUGAUACCCAUUACCAAGCGUAACAUAGUUGUUCAUAUUACUUCAUAUGAAUUAGAGAUUAGAAGUCUACACCAAUCUUUAAACUUUUUAAAUGCCCUUGUUAAUUCAGACUACUAUCUAAUAUCCAACGACAUUUGUAUAUAGAGCGUUACCUAAAGGCAACAUAAAAGGCAUAUUAAUACAUUUUACAUAUAUACUUUUUUUACUAUGGAAGAUCUAGUUGAAAAAUCGUUUAAGAUUACACAUAAAAACUGCAUCAGAAUAAUCAUUAUAAAUAAGUUGAGGAAUAUAUAUAUCAAUUUGUUCAUUACAGUAAUUUUAUUUACCACUGCAAUGAACCGAUGUUUACACCAUUACACAAUUUUAAAUGACAUUAAAUUGUUAAAUCCUUCCAUUAGUUCCAAAACUUUUUUGUAGUAUUUUAAUUUUCUGUUCAUCACCGGAUGUUCAUUGCUUGUCAUUAAAACAUUCGUUUAGACUGGGAAUAAUAUAAUUAUAUAAUAUUUCUAUUUCUGACAAAUCCAAGAACCUAAAGAGUUUCAUAGCCAACAGAAAUAUGUGAACACAAUAAUAUCAAUAGGUAAAGCCAACAUAUACCAUCAAUGUUUAAUUUGAACUUUAAGCAAUUAAACCUUCAACCUGGAGAAGGAUUGACGAAUCUGUUAUAUGCUGUUAAUAUGCCUGAAACAUACAGUCUUUAUUUACCAAACUACAGCUCCAGUUGCUAAGAGUAUGUCUUAAUACCUAGUAAUUGUUUCGAUCAUAUCAGCAAGGUAGAUAACUUGCGUCCAGUUUUGUAUGAGUGUAUAUCGUCACAUGAGAUAAAGGAGCUUUAUAAAUACAUAUCAGCAUUUUUCAUUAUGGCGUGCAACAUCAGCAGGUCAGAAAAGUAGACAUAUGGAGAGUAAGUUAUAUGUCUAUCCAUCACAUUAAUUAUGAGCUAUAAGAUGGCAUUACACACAUUACUAGAUGCAUCCCCAUAAUGAUGCGGAGAAAUGAUACUUCAUACUUUUUAACAAAUACAGCUACAACCGAAAUAAAAAUGUGAGAACCAGUGUUUUUCUGCGUAAUUCAGACUCUUGGGUAACAUAGUGAACAAGUGGCGCCUGGUACUCUUCAUCAUCUUCAGAUCACCGUUAGAAACACCCAAUGUCACGUAGUUGUAUGUUGUCAGUCAUCGCCCACACUCACUUCAUCCGAUAGGGCGACCAGUCUUUUGAAAGUGCACGUCGCUUUUAUUGCAACGAAUACUCUCUUUUUUUUAAAUCUAUAUAUAUAAUUCUCUUCAUGGCUCAAGAGUUUGGACAAAAGUAAUGGAAAAAUCACUCUUUUAUUUCUGCAAGUUGGACGGACUAGAGUUAUCCCACGUAAUUUUAGAGGCGAAAAAAAAAAGAGGGGGGGGGAACAAGUAGUAUUCACCCGUCACUAAAUAGCAGGGCCGGACUUAACUAUUGUGACCAAGAAGUCAUGGAAAGAGAACAAGUAAUCUACUCUGUAUAUACCUGUCACUAAAUAGCAGGGCCAGACUUAACCAUUGUGGAGCCCAAUGCGAAACGGAUUGCGCAGGGCCAAGUUUGGGUAAGGAUACGGAUAAUAAGUGAAAAUUAAUAGUUUGUAUUAGAAAGCAAAUUCAAUCUACGAGAAUUGUUGACCUCAAGUAAUUCUUCAUUAGCUUCUUUCACCAGAUUCCACAAUUACGUGAUAAUGCCGUUUGUUUGUUUUUAUCGCGCGUAGGAUUGGCGUUUUCCAUAUUGAAUGACUCCCCAAAGUGACAUUUUUUGUCUAUAAAUUUCAGAAGAUUUGUAUGAGUUUUCAAAAGAUUUUAAUAAUUUCCGGAGAUUACCAGGACUUUUUUGCAUAUUUUGCAAUUUCAGGAGAUUUUCAGGAGUUCCUGGUAAAUCAAGAAGCCGCGGGAAAUCUGUUAUAAGUUAUAAAAAUGGUUUAAUUUAAUAAUGUAUACACCUAGAGCGAGUCCUAUGAAAGUGCGGGGCACACUGCGGACGCAUAGGUUGCAGUUGCCUAAGGCCGGCCCUACAAAAUAGCGGUGUAUGCUACGCCGCUGGUCGAAAAUAAUACAAAGACACAACAAAAAUCGAAAUGAGAUGAACCUAAGCCACUACAGUUCUGUCCAAAUACAAUGUUCAUAGCGAAGAUUACUCUAUUUACUGCUUACGAAAGAGUUAACGCUGUUGAUCAAUGCGAUAAAAAAAAAUGAUUGAAAGGCCCUCUACUUUUAUCUCCAGAAUAGUUUCAAACCUAUUUACAUUCAAACUAUGUGAGACUGAGGUCGUUCACUUUUAUCAGUUAGAUUUAAUAACAACCGGGAAGGAUUGAGGAGCUUCCGGCUUUCAGCAGUGGGGAAAAAAGACACGCUUUUGAAAGGUUGCUGACCUAUAGAGGUGAAAGUUCAUGGCCGACCUCAGCGAUGUGAGCACCAGCUUAGCCUUGGGGUUGGUUGCUGUGACCCUUUCACUCUUCUGGUUGAAGAGAAAGAACACAUCGAGAGACCCCCCCGGACCACCAGUACUUAUACCAGGUUUCGGUCAUCUGCUACAAAUGUCCAGUCAGCCAGUCCAACAACUUCGUCUGCUGCGACAACGCUACGGAGAUGUGUUCAGGUUGUACAUGGGUAGUUACCCUGUGGUUAUAGUAAGUGGUGCCGAGAUGAUUGCUGAUGUCCUGCAAACUCGUGGAGCGGAGUUUAGCCACAGACCGCCCUCAUUUUUAGCUGAAACGUUAGCGAACAAUAAAGGUUUACUUAACACCAGUGGAAGCACAUGGUUAGAGCAGAGGAAGACAAUGAUAAGGACUCUCAAAAUGCAAGCAGCGACCGGUGGGCAUCUAGAAACGUAUAUUGGGAAAGCUGCCCAGAGAUUGACCACCCAGUUCAAGUCAUUAGUGGACAGUGGUCAAGCGGACAUGCUUGACGUUGCUCCGUUCAUCAAACGUGCCGUCUUCUUUGUAUCUUUUUCUCUGGCUUUCGGGCGCCAGUUGGACUUCGAUUCUGAAUUCUUGAUUAGCUAUGCAAACCACUAUGACCAUUUCUUUAGAUGCCUUAACCUAGCCGUACUGACAGCAUUCAUGCCAUGGAUUUCUUGGUUGCCAGGUGACCUUGUGGGCUAUAAGAAAUGCAAAGAGACUGCUGAAAUCAUUGUUAAGAAUUACGUUGAGCCAGAAAUAGCAAGACUUAAGUCUAUCGUCAAUAACAACAAUAGAGAUGUCAAAGACUCGUCUACCGUGGCUCCAUUCUGCCUAGCCAGUGUUUAUAUUGAUGAGAUGCGACAGAAAGAAAGGGAAGGCACUCCAACAUUUCUCUCAGAUGAGCAUCUUCCAAUAACAAUAUCCGACGUCAUAGCUGGAAGUUUCGAUACCAUGUCUUCAGGGUUGUGUUGGAUGCUGCUGUACCUCAUUCACUACACUGAUGUACAGGAGACAUGUAGACGAGAAAUUCUGGACAACGACUGUGACCUUGACAUUGCCAAGUAUGUUUAUACCCAGGCUGUGAUAAUGGAGGUACAGAGACAUGCAAAUAUGGCCCCAAUGCCUCCCGCUCACUGCUGCGACAAAGACACAGAGAUCGGAGGUUACUUCGUCCCUAAAAACACAGCAAUCAUAAUCAACACAGACUCGCUGUUGAUGGGUCCGGAGGUUGGAGAUGACCCCACAGCGUUUCGACCUGAAAGAUUUAUCGACGAUGAAGGCAAACUGCACAUUCCUAAAUGGUUCAUUCCUUUCUCGGCAGGGAAAAGAAUGUGUAUUGGAAUGGCAGUUGCUAGAAAAGAACUGUUGGGUUUUAUUAUUGAACUACUUUCCAAGUUUCAAUUUAGCGCUCCCAAAGUGAAUGGACGAGAAUGCAUGCCUCCUUUAGAGGGAAUCAAUGGGAUUUCCCAUUCACCCAAGCCCUUCCAUCUGUGUGUAACUCUUGCUGGUCAGAGGAAAUAGCGGACAUCUCAUUAUCAUCUGCCAUGACAUAAAUUAAAAAAAAAAAUACUCCAAGUGUUUUCACCACACAAAGAAACAGACUCACAACUGCUCAUCAGUAAAAAAGAGAUCAUACCAAAACAACAAAAUUGACUGGGACCACAGCUAAGUAAAUCUUUAAAAAAUGGCUAUUGUUAUGUAUAUAUAUAUAUAUAUAUAUAUAUAGGGCCUAUAUUUAUUUAUUUAUACAUUUAUUGUAUGGAUUUUCUAACAGGAAAAAAAAAGGCUUAUUGCUUUAAUUCGUUAUCUGUCUCUCGUGGAGUUUGAGAACCAUAGUUUUAUUUUUAAGAACAAAUUUCAGCGUCUCUGACUUUUCAAUUCCGAAUACAAUAGAUAUACAUGUUUUCAAGUUACAUGAAGUUACUUCCUAUACACAUGUUUUCAAGUUACAUGAAGUUACUUCCUAUACACAUGUUUUCAAGUUACAUGAAGUUACUUCCUUCGGCCAGUCUAUAUUUAUUUAUGUCUAUGCUUAAACCAUAGAAAAUGGACGAUCAGGAAAAUUGUGCGCACCUUCUUCAGUUUUUUUAUGUUUUUAGUCUGGAUGUAUAUCACCAAACUAAAGUUUUAUAGACUGAGUAGAUUCAUGAAAGGGCGUAAUCAGGAUAUUCAAUAUUUCGGGGGAGGGGGCAAAGGAGCUGAUAAAUAAAUGUUGUUGUUAUUUUUUUUUUAAAUCUAUCAUUCAUUAGGUUCGGAGUUGUCGCACUUUUAGAAAGUCAUCAGCUUCACAUUAAGGAGGAAUAGCCUUUAAAAAAAAACUACAAUUUUUGUUUGUUUCUUAUUUAUGUGCAAAACUUACUUUUCUUUAUUUUUUGUAUUGUAAACUUACUUUUCUUUAUUUCUUGUAUUGUAAACAUAAUAUUCUUUAUUUCUUGUAUUGCAAACAUACUUUUCUUUAUUUCUUGCAUUGUAAACACACUUUUCUAUAUUUCUUGUAUUGUAAACAUACUUUUCUAUAUUUCUUGCAUUGUAAACAUAGGCCUACUUUUCUUUAUUUCUUGUUUUGUAAACAUACUUUUCUUUAUUUCUUUUAUUGUAAACAAACUUUUCUAUAUUUCUUGCAUUGUAAACUUACUUUUCUUUAUUUCUUGCAUUGUAAACAUACUUUUCUAUAUUUCUUGCAUUGUAAACUUACUUUUCUUUUUUUCUUGCAUUGUAAACAUACUUUUCUUUAUUUUUUGCAUUGUAAACAAAGUUUUCUAUAUUUCUUGUAUUGUAAACAUACAUUUGUUUAUCGUCUUGCAUGAUCUUUGCUUUGAAAUUAUCAUAAUCUGCCUCGUUCUAGAGAAGAAAAAAGUGCCCUUUUCGUCAACUUCCCCCUUCUCCCAAUGUUUUGAAAUCAAUAUAUAGGCUUUGCUUUCAACUAACAAGAUUUGGUUCCGAAGAUACAAAGUAGUUACUGAAUCAUAACCAGUUUUUCACACAUAUCAUUUUAGUCGGUUCUACUAUCUAUUUAUUACAUUGUAAUUCGCCCCCUAACACACUUAGCCUACUUAAUUCUUAGAAUCCGUAGGAGAGAAUCUCAAAUCGUCUGAGACAGUUUGGUUGGUCGUAUUGUUAGUUAACAUAUCACUGCAGCAUGGGAGAUUGUUGGUCUCUGAAGUAAAAAACGAAUUCUUAGUUUUCGUUAUUGUAUUAUGUAUUCUGUCUCUGUUUUCUUUUUUUUGGCAGCGAUAUCUUUUUCAAUGUUGCCAAACUAAAAAAGAGGUGACUGAGUUAAAAAAGAGGUGACUGAGUUAAAAAAAGAGGUGACUGAGUUAAAAAAGAGGUGUGACUGAGUUAAAAAGAAUUUUUUUUUAAUCUUGAUCCGUAAACAUUUCAAUCAAUGAAGACAAAAGCAUUCAGUGCUAAACCUUAUCUUGAAUGGGAGGCAUGUAUAUGGUCCAUAAACAUUUGGCUGUGAAGUAAAAUACUUGCACUUAUUAUAUGCCAUGUUGGUCAUGAAACACUGCACCUGCCUUUCAUUUCCUCAGAAAUGUGUCUAGACACAUUUAUACCGGCCACCAGAAUAGUACGUUGAAGAGGUAACUAUCAUUCCCCACUGGUGAAACUUUGUAAAGUCUUUUACUGUUUAUGAGGCGUCUAAAACAGUGGUGCUUAAACUACGGCCUGCGGGCCAUAUCAGGUACGUGACGCGGCCCCACCAAGCUUCUGCCCGCGGUGCUUCAUGAGACUGCAGAGGUUGCAUUGGACUGGACAAUUUUAUGCCGGUUAUUCGGGCCGUGACUCGUGUCGGAAGUUUAUAUAUCUCUGUCAAGUCUAUACAGCACUUGUCUGACACUCGUAAUUUUAAAUGAAUCUAUAUAUAUAAUUCCUUCCCUCAAGAGUUUUGUCGAGUAGUAAGGAGUAAAGGAAAGAUCACUCUGCGGAUAGUCCACGAGAAAACAAGAGGGAUGGGAGAACACGUCACAACAUAGCAGGGCAGGACGGUUGCAAUAUCACUCUUUUUUUUUUUUAUUACUACCUCACGUUAAAAAAGAAAAAGGGUGGGGAGUAAUCUACUCUGUAGUAACUAUCUGUAGUAACAGAGCACUCUCAAGAGUUUGGACACAAUGGCAAGAUCACUCUUUUAUUUUUGCAACUCGGACGGAGGGAGUUAUCCUAGGUAAUUUCAGAGCGAAAAAAAAAAGAGAUUUUUGUCUGUAUAUUUCAGGAAAUUUGUUUUUUUGAGUUUUCAAAAGAUUUUAAUAAUUUCCGGAUAUUUCCAGGACUUUUUCGUAUAUUUGUAUUUUCAGGAGAUUUCCAGGACCUCAUGUUAUAAGCUAUAAAAUGAUUUAAUUUAAUAAUUUAUAUACCUAACAUUAGCGCGGUUCCAAUAAAAGUACUGGGCCCACUGAGGUCGCAUAGGUUGCAGUGGUGAAGUCUAGCCCUGCGAAAUGGCGCGCCGGUUGACUAGUGUAAGAUAUUUGGGUAAUGUAAAUAUUGUGCUAUAUAUAUAUAUAUAUAUAAUUCAUGUUUGUACCGUAUCAAUGUUAUUUGUCAAAGGCAUUCCUUGAAUGAGGCUAUUAUCACGGUAUUAUCAAUUAUUAUAUCUUAUCACUCGAUUUUUACCUAUUGAUAUUAAUCUUAAUGAUAUCAGGUUGCUCUCUCCUCAAUGGAAAAGUUAAAAGUGUAAGUCUUUGAAAUUACUUCCCUUUUCUUUUCGCCAUCCUUUUAACAGCCAUGCACUGAGUAUGAUAUUGGCGGGAACAAAUGGCCUAACUAAUCCUUUGCUAGCCUUUUACCGACCAUACAAAAUCUAGGACACGUGACCUCUUUAGAGUUUACGUCUCUCUUUCUUUCUCUCUGUGGAAAAGCAAGUAGGUUUUUUUUGUUUGUUUUGUUGGUUUUUUUUUUUUUUGCUUUGUUUGAUGUUAUUAUCAACAAGCAAUUUUUUUUUUUUUUUUUUUUGGAAGCUACAUGUAAUUUGAGCAGACGCCAUGAUUCCAGUUCAAAGCCAAUGGAAAUUUUCUUUUCGUUUCAUGGUCGUCUGUAAGAAUUAGUUCUAUGAAAUAUAUAUAUUUCCUUCUAAACAACAAUAUAGAUUUAGAUGAUGGCAACAGAACAAACAUUUGCCUCCUGACAUAAAUAAUGGAAUGGAAACUGUAUCAGAGAAUAAAAAUUACAAUCUCU